AUGUCGUCAUCUAACAAGGCUCUUCAGUACUGGCUAUCCUUAGAUUUCUAUAAGGCCACCCGUGAUGAGGCGUCUUCCUUUAGCGAGGAGGAUAUCGCCGAGCACUUGAAUCCCGAGAAGCGUUUGGUUUUCGGCACUGCCGGUCUCCGUUCUCGUAUGGGUGCCGGUUUCGACCGUAUGAACUGCCUCACGGUGAUGCAGGCUUCUCAGGGCCUCUGCAGAUACCUUGAAGGGCAGUUUGGCAAGGAAGCUCUUGCCAAGCGCGGUGUUGUCUUCGGCUUUGAUGGUCGUUACAACUCCAGACGUUUUGCUCACGUGGCGGCUGCUGUGUUCCUUUCCCAGGGUGCUAAGGUCUACUUGUAUGACAAGGCUACUACAUGCACUCCUUUCAACCCUUACUUGGUUAAGAAGUACAACUGCUGUGCCGGUGCUCAGGUCACUGCUUCUCACAACCCCAAGAUGGAUAACGGCUACAAGGUCUAUGCUGCUAAUGGUGCUCAGAUCAUACCUCCCAUGGAUAGUCAAAUUUCUGAUUCCAUUGCUAAGAAUCUUGUUCCAUGGAAGGAGGCUCUCGAGCUCUUGGAUGUUGAUGGAGAGUGUUAUCUUAAGGACACGUCUAAGAUCAUCGAUCCCUAUGAUGAUGUUCUCUUGACUUAUCUCGACCAGAUGUAUCAUGAGCUGUGCCGAUUCCCUGAAGAGAACAAGAAGUGCACCUUGAAGUUCGCUUACACUGCCAUGCAUGGUGUCGGUCUUCCCUUCACUACUGGACUGUUGAAGAGGUUCAACAUCCCUGAUGAGUGCAUUAAGGUUUUCGAGCCCCAGGCUCAUCCUGAUCCCGAGUUCCCCACUGUGCCGUUCCCCAACCCCGAGGAGAAAGGUGCUCUGAAUCUGUGUCUUGCCUUCGCUAAGGAGAACAACUGCGAUUAUGUUAUUGCUAACGAUCCUGAUUCUGAUCGCUUCACUGCUUGUGAGAAACAGAAGAAUGGUGAGUGGCAUCAGUUCACUGGUGAUGAGCUCGGAACUAUCUUCGGAGAUUUCUCCAUUUUGAUGGCCCUUCGUCGUGGUGUCCCAGCCGAGAAGUGCUUGGUUCUUAACUCGACUGUUUCUUCUAAGAUGCUCGCCGCUGUUGCUAAGCACUACGGUUGCCGUUAUACUGAUACCUUGACCGGUUUCAAGUGGCUCGCUAACACUUCUCUCAAGAUGACCGAGGAGAAUCCUGAACUCGUUCACUGCCUUGCUUACGAGGAGGCUAUUGGUUACGCUUUGACCAUGGCUGUCCCUGAUAAGGAUGGUGUCACUGCUGCUUCUGUGUGGGCUGAAAUGGCAAACUACUGGCGUCGUGAGAAGGGUAUCACCCUCUACGAGCGUCUUGAGGAACUCCGUCAGACUGUCGGUUACUUCGCUAACAAUAAUGGCUACUUCUUAUGUUACGAGCCUGCGGUUAUGAAGCAGAUCUUCGAUAAUUUCCGUAACAAUGGAGAUUACGCUAAGACUUUGGGUUCUUCUACUAUUGCUGGUAUUCGUGAUGUAACUCUCGGUUAUGACUCGAGGAUGGCCGAUAAGAAAAGUAUUCUUCCGACUACUCCUGACCAGCAGAUGAUCACGUUGUACUUCGAUAACAAUGCCGUUGUGACUCUUCGGGGUUCCGGCACUGAGCCCAAGCUGAAGUACUACUGCGAGAUGUCCGAUAGGGUGUCUGAGGAGCAGGCUAAGGCUAACUUGGAUGUUGUGGUUAAUGACGUCAUCAACAACUUCUUACAACCCGAGAAGAACGGUCUCGAGAGACGAUAAGUAAGGUUGUUUAUCAGCAGGAUUUAUUGGUGUAGUGAAUGUUCAUGCCCAGGGAGUCUGGGUUUGUUUCCAUUUCUAUACCACUUCCUGUACUAAAUAUCUAGAUCCGUUAUUCAUAUCAUUGUUCAUGAUAAUCCCGGCUAGGCUGGGUGUUAUCUCAAUCAUUAUCUAAUUACUGCUCAGU